AUGAGCUGCCUAAGUUGGAUUCGAGGUUUGAAAAUUACAUUGCCAUUUAAAGACAAAGAGUUAAAUAAAAUAGCAGCAUUUUUUAAUAUCUCUACAUUUUUACUGACCUGUGCAGCACUUGUCCAGCCGAGUUGGUUUAGGAUUAAAGGAUUGCAUUGUACUCAAAGUCUUUCACUGACACAAUUCUUUUCAUUUGAUGAAGAUGAUGAUGACAAUGACCAAAUAGCCAUACACCAAGAUAGGGAAUAUGAUCCUAUUAACAGAUCUGAUUUUAACGGUCUUCCGCCUUGUACAACACCAGAGAUUAUAACACUCAUGAGAAUAUUAAUAUUACUAUGUUUCAUGGUGCUACUAUGUUCAUGUAUAGGAGUUUUAAUUAAUCUUACUAGUUUAAACAGCAAAGCCAUUAAAAUGCUUAGAAGGAAUGCAGUUCCGAGCAUUAUGUGUGUGUUUUGGGUGAUCGCAAUUGUUGGUGUGUGCUAUUACACAACUGUUGUGUUAGGCAAUGUCAACAACAGUGAUCCCAAUACAAUUCAAGUUGACUAUGAAUAUGGAUUUUAUACAAUAACAGGAGCAGGUGCAUUAGCUCUUCUAGCAUCAGCAGCCAACUUAUGGGGGGCACCAUUAUCUAAUGAUGAGGAUUUACAAAGAAGAAAUCUUAUGGAGGACUGGGAUGGUUAUGAAGCACAUAGUGUUGGUCCAACACCAGCAGUGCCAACAUUACCACCGUAUACACCAAGCCCUAACUAUGUACCAACUGCACAUCCAACAUUUGCUCCACCAGUGCUAGGCGCACAACAGUAUUUUCCAUUUGAUGAUCUCUCCAUUCUGCCACCCCCACCCCCAUAUACACCA